AUGAGCAACGGCGCGCCGAGUGCGGACGCGAAGAGUGGCGAUGGCAGGGCGAGCGACGGCGGUCGCGAUCACGCGAUGAGCCGCGGCGGGAUGAGCUGCGACGGCGCGACGAGCGUUGGCAAGGCGAGCAAUGGCCGCACCAUGACGGGCGGCAUGACGGGCGGCUUGGCUACAACGACUCUUGGUGCAGUGGUCGCGAGCAGCGAAGGCACGCUGAGCCGCAAUGGCCCAAUGAGCGAUGGCACGACGAGCCAUUGCGCGGCGAGCAAUGGCCGAACCAUGACAGGCGGCAUGACGAGCGGCGCGGCUACAACGACUCUUGGUGCGGAGGUCGCGAGCAGCGAAGGCACGCUGAGCCACAAUUGCCCGCUGAGCGAUGGCGCGACGAGCCAUGGCGAGGCGAGCAACGGCCGCAUCGUGACGGGCGGCAUGACGAGCGGCAUGACGAGCGGCGCGGCUACAACGACUCUUGGUGCAGUGGUCGCGAGCAGCGAAGGCACGCUGAGCCACAAUUGCCCGCUGAGCGAUGGCGCGACGAGCCAUGGCGAGGCGAGCAACGGCCGCAUCAUGACGGGCGGCAUGAUGAGCGGCGCGGCUACGACGAUCGGGGCAGAGGCGAGCGCGCGCGCGACUGGCACGAUCGGCGCGAGGAUCGGUACCACGAUCCCAGGCGCGACCAUGACCGGCGCGACCUCCGCGGCGAGGGGCAGCCUCAGCACAGCGACCGCCGGUGGACUCAAUGCUAAGCAGCUCAGCAGCCACAUCUCAAAUGCUGGCAGCGCUGACGCAUUGCUCGCGCUCUUUGCUGCCCACAGCGCGAGCUUAAACCACAUCCGCGCUGCGAACCUGUGGAACAAACUGGGCAAGCAGCGCGUCGAGCGGCGGCACGAGGAGCAACUUGAGCAGCUGGUGCAGCGCACGCUGGACCUCAUUUCUUCGUGCGACGCACGGGGACUGGCAAACAUCGCUCACGGCGUGGCAAACGACUCGCUCGCGCGGGAUCCGUCAAGGUGGAGCGAGGAGGGCCGCGUUCAGCUGCACCAGUGGCAGCUCUGGCUCUCCCUGGAACGCUUGCAGCGUUCGGUUGCGGCUGCCCUCGCCGCCGUCCGGCACGGCUUCGAGGAGGAGCAUCUCGAGCCGCGCACCGGCUACUCGCUCGACCUUGCGCUGCCCUCGUCACGCAUCGCGAUUGAGGUGGACGGCCCCUCUCACUUCCUGCUGCCCAACGGCCUGGGCGUGCGCCAACCCAACGGGCCAACGCUGCUCAAGCGGCGCUUCCUCGCGGCGGCUGGCUGGAGGGUGAUCAGCGUUCCAUUCUACGAGUGGGACGGCUUCGCGAGGGCCAAUGAGAGGCAAACCUACCUGCAGAAGCUGUUAGGCUAG